AUGGAUCCGCUCAUGGCAACCGCCCCGCCCAAUGCACCCCGUACACUCCGCGAGGAAGACAAGCUCAAUGUGGACGAAAAGAAAGUAUUUGAGGAGCUCUGGAAGGAUGAAAACAACCACGUUGCUGCAACGAUGUCGACUAAGAUGACUGAGGAGGCUAAAACCAAUGACAAAAUGGACAAGAAACCAGAUUGUUAUUCUGUGAGCCGUAUGGAGAAGGUUAUCGAAGCACAUCGGGCGGAUUUGAAAAAAGAGGCAGAUAAGAAAGAGAAAGAGAAAAAGGAAGGGGAAGGAAAGAAGGAACUCUGA